ACUCGUCGAUUCGUCUCAGGUAGCGGCCGAACCAGAGCCCUGUCCCAACCCGACCACCUCUCUUCUCUACGGCGCGAGGAAGGGCAGCGCCCACCGCAGCGUCGGCGGGAACCGGGCCUCGCUCUCCCCAUCUCUUCGCAGGCUUUCUGGAAUCACAUUUCUUAAGAACUAUCUGUUGGAGAGCUAAACUAGGCUCUUGUUCAUAUUAUGGAUCAGCAAGCUAUGAUUGAUGCUGAUUUUCUUGAACCAACUGUACUCUUAGAUGAGACACAUUACCAGGAGGGGUACAGAAAUGGCUACAAUGAUGGUUUGGCAUCUGGAAAGGAAGAGGGGAGGCAGGUUGGUUUAAAGAUGGGUUUCCAGGUCGGUGAAGAACUGGGUUUCUUUCACGGCUGUCUGGAUGUGUGGACGUCUGCAAUUCUCAUUGAUCAGAAUGCCUUCACAGCUCGGGUCAGGAAGAAUAUUGAGCAACUGGCUGCACUGGUGGGCAGCUAUCCGCUGUCCGAUCCGGAGAAUGAACAAAUUCAAGACGUGAUGGAGAAGAUAAGGCUGAAAUUCAGGGUCAUCACUGCAAGCUUAGGGGUGAAGUUAGAGUAUGAAGGGCACCCCAAAUCAUCUAAACAGGAUGCUGAGGAUCUGUGAGCGGUGAUUGAAAUUACAUUUUAGUUUCUCCGCCCUUGCUGUUUAAAGCUCUUCAACUCAUUGGCAUCAUGGGGAACUGUCGUGAGACAUCAAUGGUCAGAGUCUGACCAUAACCACAUAUAUAGUUUUAACAAUGUCUCAAGUUUUGUGUUAUUACCUGUUGUCUGCUGUCUGCCAUAUGUAAUAGUUUCCUUUCACAAGUCAAAAGCACUUCCUUCCCAUUUUCUUUGAAGUACUUGUUGGCUUGUAUUCUACAUGUUGGGAGCAUAUAGAUCUUCCUCGUAAAAACACACGUCCCAUGUAUUGCAAAUCUGCAUAGAUCCAAUUAUCUCA